AUGGACAAUGAUGAGGACGAUGAUGGGAACUUCACCAAGUGGAUGAGCAGCUACUGGGGGCACGGGGUAGGGGAGGAGCACGCCAAAGAUAGGAAGAGAAGUUUUAGGAGGCCCUCACGCAACAAAGCUGACCGCCGUGCCUCUUUGCCCUGCAUGUCUCAGCUAGAAGCAAUGCAGGCGAAUCAUCUCCAUGCUAACACCAUGGCCCAUGGCCCUGUCCACCUAAAGGGCCGUGAGGAGAAGGAGGUGCACUCUCAUCCUCGUGCCCGCCGUGUGUCUUCAGACGAAAACAGCCGAACCAAAGUGGUGGGACCUGAAUGUCACAUCAGCACCAUUCCAGAGCUCACGGAGUGCUUAGAGAAGAGGCUGCGUUUCAAUAACCAGAAGGGUGAUGCAGAUAGCAUAUGUCUUAUUUGCCAUGAAGAACUACGGAAUGGAAGGGGUGGCAUCCGAGAACUUCACUGUGGCCAUCAUUUUCAUAAAGAGGCAAAAUGGCCGGAGCACAGCGCACGUCCACGUAGUGGGAGUUCUGCACCUGCUUGUGAGCGAGGAAAAGAGAUACCGUUCUGCCCUGGACAGGAGGAAUAUAACUUACCCCGUCGCCAACUCUCUUUACGUAGACAACGUUGAUUGUUUUUUUGUUUAAAAUACACUCUGCAAAAUAAAAGUUCUUUAUAUUUAUUAUUUAGAUAUAAAGAACCUUUACCAUCUGUGGAACCUUUCCAUUGCACAAAAGGUUCUUUAUAGUAUAUAAAAAAUAAAUGAAAAAACUAACAUUUAUGUUUUAAAGAGUGUACAGUAUGUAUGAAAAGUAGUUAAACUAAACAGUAAUCACUCAGUAUAUUAUCAAAAAACGUGUUAAUUGUCAGUUUUAGUUUGUGUUUAGCUUCACUACUAUUGCUUUAAAAAAUUAUUUAUUUUCCCAAUCAAAGUCAUUUACAUUUUAUAAAUACUGCUGUUUGAAAUGUCAUGAUUUUGUACUUUUGUCCUUUUCCUAUAUGGUGAGAAUUAUAUAAACCAUAAUAUGUUUUUAUAGUCUGUGUAUUACUAAACUGUCAAUCAAAUUUAGUUUUUCAGAAUUAAUAUGCAUUGAUUGUUGCUAUUAUUCAUGAUCCUGUUGUUCAUUUUAUACAGCUAUUUUGGAUUAGAAAACCAAACUGUGAAUAUAAGAUGUUUUGGCUUGUUUUUGAUUUGGAAUUACGAAUGCUGUGUGAAUAUGGUAAAAUCCUGAAUUUGCAGGUCAUAUGUCAGGAGUUGCAUUUAUAAAGCUACAGUUGCUUGUCAAAUGCACAUGCUGGAAAUUAGCUGGUGGCAGCUAAUCAUAUACCACUGUAAUGGAAAUCAAUGAUGGGUCACAGUUCUGCCCCUCAAAGAUCAACAGAUCGUUUUUUCAUGCAAGCAGGUGUCAUGCAAGUGCAAUCAUGCCUCUGCUAUGGGUCUUAGUGAUAUAAAUGUUUAUAUAACAUUUUUAAAAGACAUUUAAAAAACAUUUAGUUUAGCUGACCAUUAUUUCCUUUAGUAUUUAUCUUGCAUAGGCUACACUACAAGUCAUCUGUUUGUAAUUCAUAAAUAUAUUUGUGGACAAAUCUUUUUUUUUUUUUUCAAGAAUUUAAGCAUAAAUAUGCAAAACAAAAGGUUUUUAACAUCAUGUAAACUUAAAUAUAGACUGAUAGUGUGUUUUACUAAGCUUGCAGUUCUUUAAAAGCAAUAAAUGUUGCAAUAUGUUUAGCAUGUGCAGAUGUAUGUAUCAAUAGUUUUCAGUUUUUAUUUACAGCCAUUCUGGCUUUGAAUGACCCUCCAUAAUUUGGCUUUCCUUUCUUUCAGUGUAUUGAGAAAUGGCUUUGGCAGAAACAGUCCUGUCCCUCCUGUCGAGUUCAUGUGACCAUGCCUGAGCCCCUCUACUGGUCCUCUGCUCGUGUCCAGUUUCCCUGACAAUGUCCAUUUUUCCUCACUGCACGAUAAUUUCCAUGUCUGCAUGUAGCCUGUGACCCUGGACACUGAUUUAGUGAAUAAAAAAAGACCAUCAUCUCGAGGUGGAGGCGAGUAUGUGUGUAGCAGUCCUGCAUGAUUAUAUGGUCUUUUACUUGCACACGCUGCCUAGGGAUGAGACCGUUUUGAAAGUUCAUCCUUUAUAUGAAUCUCAAGAGCUUUGGCUUUAUUUGUUCGUGACCCUCCUUUUCCAUCUUUCUUGCUUAUUUUCCUCUGUGGUUUGAUAAGGACAGGAUGUUUGGAUAGGCUGAAAACCGUGCAUGCUAAGUGUCUGACCACAGAGCCUUUUUGUUUUCUCUUUUUCCAUAUCUCGUGUAUUGCACAAAGCACAUCUGAAUUACCCAUUAACGUACACAUGCCACAUUCAAAGGCAGAGAAUUUUAGACUCUGCCCAACAUAUUGUGAUGUUUCUAAUGAUCAAAAAUAUGUUUCAAAGAUGUAUGUUGUUUGUACUAAAGUCAUACUUUUAAUUAAAUAUUAACAGAUUAAGAAAUACCUAGCCUAUGUUGUUGUAAAGUUUUUAUAGAGUGCUGUUAUUUUUAAAGUAGGCUGUUGUUUCAUAUGUACCCUACUUUGUUUUUACAGAAUUCAUUGAAUUUAUAUAUUUGGUGCCAGGAUGUUGUUUAGUUUUAAAUGAAUUCAGUUGAUAUGUGACUACGUAAUAUGAGUGUCACGUUAUAAAGUGUAAAAUAAAUUAUAUAGAGUGAGAUGACAUUCUUCUCUCUGCUGCCAGACCCUCUCGUGACCGUGCCUUUGUGCACGUAUACCCAAACCCUCAUGUCCCGCCCUACAUUAAUAAAAUAUACAAUAACUGUAAAAACCCAACAAAACUCUGUUAAAACUGUUAUAAUAAAACAGUAUGUCAUCAAAAUAUUCUACAGCAAUUGGACCAAAGCAUUAGGAAAACUUAAGCCUUUGGCAA